AUGAGACAACUCCUAUUGUCCUCUGUCUACAGGUGUGCCGCAGGCUUCCUAGGUGAUUACUGCCAUCACAAAGACCCGUGUCACCCUGGUUACUGUCUGAAUGGGGGGAAUUGCUCUGUGGCUGUGUCGGGCAUUCCGGGCAGCCCUACCUGCUCCUGUCCCCUGGGCUACACUGGGCAGCACUGCCAGACCCCCCAGAACUCCACCUGCUACCCCAACAACCCAUGUGCCAACCGAGGGGUCUGCACCCUGCUCUCCCUCGACAAGUACAAGUGCCGGUGUGCCCACGGAUGGACAGGUCAGCUUCUCUCUGACUCAAACUGUUGCUUAAUACUGUACAAGCGCUCCUGAUAAGUGCUGUGCGUUGCAGUUCACUAGUCCAAAUCCAUUCUUUCUACUAUUUCAUCAUUUCUUUGGUGCCUUUGCAUUGAUCAGAACUCUGUAUUGUAUGUUGUGGCCAUGAUAAGUAACCAAGGACAUGAGGCACUGUAGCCUAGCGGUUAAGAGCGUUGGGCCAGUGACCGAAAGGUUGCUGGUUUAAAUCCCUGACUGACUAGGUAUCUCCUUCCUCACUGUUUCCUCUAUUUCUCUGUUAAAUAACCUUAGCCCACUCAUCUAUUUUUCCACUGCCUCUCUCCCUGUGUGUCCAGGCAUGCGCUGUAAUCGUGAGGACAGCUGUCUGUCAGGACCCUGUGCUAACGGAGGCACCUGCAGCUCUCUGUCUGGGGGAAAGUUCAGCUGUACCUGUCCUCCAGGCUACUGGGGUCCCCGCUGCCUCAACGACACUGAUGAGUGUGCUGCCUCCACCCCGGUGUGUCAGAACGAAGGGGUGUGUGUCAACACCCCUGGCUCCUACAGGUGUAACUGCGCCCCCGGGUUCACUGGCCGCCAAUGUGAGACCCCCUACAUCCCCUGCUCCCCCUCGCCCUGCCUCAACGGGGGCACAUGUCGCCCAACCUCUGAGACCAGCUACUGGUGCCACUGCCUGCCAGGUAAGAGAGAGAGAGGGAAGGAAAUAAAGAAAGAUGGAGAAAGGCAUAGUGAGGCCUGUGUGAAUGCAGCUUAUUGUUGCAAUCAAUGUUUGCCGUCCAAACACUAGAAUCCUACUGGCGCUAACACCCAAUGGAGCUUUGUGGGCACAACAAUCAACUGUCAACCCUAGCCCAUGUUAUCUGUUUACAGUAUAACUUGUCAUUACUAUGAUAACUGAUACAUUAUAUGACAGAGAUUGCCAGCAAGAUUGAUAGUAGUGAAAUACACUAUAUAUACAAAAGUAUGUGGAGACCCCUUCAAAUUUGUGGAUUCGGCUAUUUCAGCCACACCCGUUGCUGACAGGUGUAUACAAGUGAGCACACAGCCAUACAAUCUCCAUAGACAAACAUUGGCAGUAGAAUGGCCUUACUGAAGAGCUCAGUGACUUUCAACGUGGCACCAUCAUAGGAUGCCACCUUUCCAACAAUUCAGUUUAUAAAAUGCCUGCCCUGCUAGAGCUGCCCCGGUCAACUGUAAGUGCUGUUAUUGUGAAGUGGAAACGUCUAAGAGGAACAAUGGCUCAGCCACGAAGUGGUAGGCCUCACAAGCUCACAGAACAGGACUGCCGAGUGCUGAAGCGCGGCGCGUGUAAAAAUCGUCUGUCCUCGGUUGCAACACUCACUAAUGAGUUCCAAACUGCCUCUGGAAGCAACGUCAGUACAAUUACUGUUUGUCAGGAGCUUCAUGAAAUGGGUUUCCAUGGCCAAGCAGCCGCACACAAGCCUACGAUCACCAUGUACAAUGCCAAGCGUUGGCUGGAGUGGUGUAAAGCUCACCGCCAUUGGACUCGGGAGCAGUGGAAACACGUUCUCUUGAGUGAUGAAUCACGCUUCACCAUCUGGCAGUCCGACAGACGAAUCUGGGUUUGGCGAAUGCCAGGAGAAUGCUACCUGCCCGAAUGCAUGGUGCCAACCAAUGUUCCCUCAACAUUAUUUUGCUACUGAGCAAAUUUCAGGUCUGUUGAGCGCAAACUUUAACUUAGUUCGGUAAGUUGCAUUGAAAGUGACUAAUAUAUCGUUGAUUCGAUCACAAUUGCCACAGUAAAGGGAAACGUUGAUCGUGUUAACAGGGAAAACUCUAGAACAGUGGUCACCAACCUUUUCUGAGUCAAGAUCACUUUGGGUCAAAAUGCAAGCUGAGAUCUACCGCUCAGAUUUGUUUUUAACAUGCCUUAAAAAACGUAAGCCUAUGCAACAUUGACCAAUUAAAAACAGUACUGUAGCAAUGAGGUUUGUGCAGUAAGCUAUAGGCCCAAUACAUUAUCACUGCAUACUGGCUUUGCUUGAAUUGCCCUGACAAUGCGUUGUUCUGGCCAUUUAAAAAUAUAUAUAUUUCAAAAUUUGAGGUAGGCUAAAUGAUCACACUGGUAAUAGAUAAGUUGUUGUAUUACUUUUGAGACAUAACUGAGUGAGCAUACAUUUAAAUAAUUAACUUUUUAUUUUUAUUUAACUGGGCUGAUGAUGCCUGCAUCUGAUGGUCAGUCUCCGCUCUCCCUUUCCUCCACUGACACUGACCAAAAAGGGACACCAUCUUCCAGCUGAUGACAAAACUCGAGUCGCACCGCAUUAUUUGUGCCUCAUGCACAAAUUCAUGUUGUUACGCCUAUGAACAGAGAAAGUGAAAUAUUCCUCGACAUUAAAAAAGACCCAAGCCGCUAACAAUAACAACCCAAGCCUAUAGAUACACUUUCCUACUCAUUCAUUACUGCUUCAGUGCUUGUUGUAGCGCUGAGUGGAAAUAGGAAGAACGUGCAUUUUAUGGCUUAUAAAAGUGUUGAAUACAAAGUGUUCACAGUGCUGAGUAAGAACUUAAACAUGAACUCACUCAUAAAAACAGCAGCUCUUUGCAGUAUUCGUUGACAGUCUCUCUCUAGUCUCACAGUAUCAACUUUUCUGUAGCUUUCUUUUAUGCCUGCUACAUUACUGCAGACACGGUAAUCUGAGCCAUCGAAAUUGGCGAGAGGAAGGCCUAUAGUGCACUUUAUUUGUACCUUCGGACACAAUAAAUGGUUCAUAAUGGCAACAGUUGCCUACCCGGUGUGCAGGGCAGCUGAAUCGGGUGCACCUACCGCCAAAAAAUUGGAACACAAGGCUUUAUUGUUGGGUUUUUUACAGAAAUGUUUGACGAUCGACUAGGAAAGCCUUGGAGAUCGUCCAGUCGAUGGCGAUCGACCAGUUUGUGACCACUGCUCUAGAAAGUUGAGUGAAGUUCAAUCUUGUGCUUCUCUCCGUGGGCUGAUAUUCUGCGCUGCAAUCCCGGGGGAGUUGUGCUGCAGUCUUGGGGCUACUGCGUGCGUGCGCGCAGCUAAGAAGGAACAUUGGUGCCAACUGUAAAGUUUGGUGGAGGAGGAAUAAUGGUCUGGGGCUGUUUUUCAUGGUUCGGGCUUUCAUGUUGUGUAAUUAGCAUAAGUAUCAUUGUUAUCUUUGUCUCUCUCUCAUGGCAGGCUUCAAUGGGACUAACUGUGAGAACAACAUUGACGACUGCCCCGACCAUCACUGCCAAAAUGGAGGGACCUGCAUGGACGGUGUCAAUACCUACAACUGCCAAUGCCCCCCGGAAUGGACUGGUAAGGAUAAAGAAUAGUCCAUGGUUUUGUGUCUGUCUGGUUGGCUUUUUUUCUUUUUUCGUUCAGUGUCUGUGUUUCUUGGUUUGUCUGUGGUUUCUCUCUGUGUCCAAAUUGGGGGAGUUUUUUAUUCUCUAGUCUUGAAUGUCCAACUGUCUUCCCCCAACCCCCUACAGGUCAGUUCUGUACCGAGGAUGUGGAUGAGUGUCGCCUGCAGCCCAACACAUGUCAGAACGGGGGUACCUGCAGCAACAUCCAGGGCAGCUACACCUGUGUGUGUGUCAACGGCUGGAGUGGCCUGGACUGCUCUGAGAACAUAGAUGACUGUGCUACGGCUGCCUGCACCAAGGGCUCCACCUGUAUCGACCGUGUGGCAUCCUUCCUUUGUGUCUGCCCCUAUGGAAAAACUGGUGGGGGACAAAGCCUGUCUACAGUAUAGAUAUAUAUACAGAUAUCUCUUAUGGACAGACUGAUGGAUAAAUAGAAAUAGUCUAUUAAUCCCCAAGGGGAAUCUAUAAGCACAGAAAACACACAGACUGACUGACUGUUGAAUAUUCCUUGCCAGGUUUGCUGUGCCACGUGAACGAUGCCUGCAUCAGUAGCCCGUGCCGGGACGGGGCGCAGUGCGACACCAACCCCAUCAACGGCAUGUUCAACUGCAACUGUGCCCCCGGCUACAUAGGAAGCACCUGCAAUGACGACAUCAACGAGUGCAUCAUAGGUGAGGAGGGACUAUUCUUUAAGAAAUAUCCUUCCUUUCCCUUUGGUACUUUCGUUACUCCUUUAUAGUUCUGUCUAACUAACUUCUCUCAGGUUUCCCCUCAGGUCCAAACCCCUGUGAGCACGGAGGAUUGUGUGUGAACACAGACGGCUCGUUCACAUGUAACUGUGCAAGAGGUUAUGGUGGGCCGCGCUGUGAGACAGACAUCAAUGAGUGUGUGUCCAGCCCUUGCCAGAACGACGGCACCUGUCUGGACCGCAUAGGAGACUACAGCUGCAUCUGUAUGGAAGGUGUGUGUGAUCAGUGAAUCCCUAUCUCUAUUUCUCACGCGCGAUUCCACACACACAUACAGAGUACUGUUGUGUAAUAUUCUGGCUCGCUCUGUUUCCAGGAUUUGAGGGAACACACUGUGAGAUUGACAUCAAUGAGUGUGCAAGCUCUCCAUGUCUGAACCAAGGGACCUGUCUGGAUCAAGUCAAACGUUACAUCUGCCAGUGCCCUCUAGGUUUGUCUGCCCUUUUGUAAUCAAAUUAAUUUCUCAUAGGGUUUCGGAAGGUUUGUAGCUACAUUAUUUGAAGCUGGGUUCUGUCCCUUAGGAUUCAGUGGGGAGAUGUGUCAGAUCGACAUUGACGAGUGUUCCAGCACACCAUGCCUCAACGGGGCCAAGUGUAUCGACCGUCCCAACGGCUACGAGUGUGAAUGUGCUGAAGGUACUAGACAGCCUUAACCAUCUCAACUUUCAUUUACAUACCUUUCUCGCAUUUUUAAAACCAUGAUGUCUAAACUAAAGCAUUAAUACAGGGAAUCUUGAACUGUUACUCAAUGUUUGGUUUCUCUCCCCAGGCUUCUCAGGGCCGUUGUGUAAGGAGAACAUAGAUGACUGUGACCCGGAGCCCUGUCACCACGGGGUGUGUCGUGACGGCAUCGCCACCUUCUCCUGUGACUGUGACCCGGGCUACACUGGCUCCAUCUGCAACGUCCAGGUCAUGGAGUGCUACAGCAACCCCUGCCAGAACCGUGGACGCUGCAUCGACCUGGUCAACAAGUACCAGUGCAACUGUCUGCCUGGCACCUCGGGUGAGCAGAGACAGAGAAUUGGUGGAAUAUUUUCAUUUUAUUUUUGCGGAACAAAAACGUUCGUAAUAAGGGGAAAGCAGUGCAACAACAGAAUGUUUGGACAAACAGAAAAAUAAACUUACAGCUGCUAAACCGUUGCUGACACUCCCAAAAAUAUGAAGGAAAAAAGAAUAGGGGGAAACGAUCUUGAACGACAUUGAAAUGACUAAAACCAAAUUGAAACUGUGUAGAAAUUCUAAUGUACACUAUAUAUACAAAAGUAUGUGGACACCCCUUAAAAUUAGUGGAUUAAGGCUUUUUCAGCCACACCCGUUGCUGACAGGUGUAUAAAAUCGAGCACACAGCUAUGCAAUCUCCAUAGACAAACAUUGUCAGUAGAAUGGCCUUACUGAAGAGCUCAGUGACUUUCAAUGUGGCACCGUCAUAGGAUGCCACCUUCCCAACAAGUCAAUUCGUCAGAUUUCUGCCCUGCUAGAGCUGCCCCGGUCAACUUUAUGUGCUGUUAUUGUGAAGUGGAAACGUCUAGGAGCAACUACGGCUCAGCCGUGAAGUGGUAGGCCACACAAGCUCACGUAAAAAUUGCCUGUCUUCGGUUGCAACACUCACUACCGAGUUCCAAACUGCAACGUCAGCACAAUAACUGUUCGUCAGGAGUUUCAUGAAAUGGGUUUCCAUGGCCGCGCAGCCGCACGCUUGCCUAAGAUCACCAUGCGCAAUGCCAAGCGUCAGCUAGAGUGGUGUAAAGCUCGCCACCAUUGGACUCUGGAGCAGUGGAAACACGUUCUCUGGAGUGAUGAAUCACGCUUCACCAUCUGGCAGUCCGAUGGACAAAUUUGGCUUCGGCGGAUGCCAGGAGAAUGCUACCUGCCCAAAUGCAUAGUGCCAACUGUAAAGUUUGAUGGAGGAGGAAUAAUGGUCUGGGGCUGUUUUUCAUGGGUCGGGCUAAACCCCUUAGUUCCAGGGAAGGAACAUCUUAAUGCUACAGCAUACAAUGACAUUCUAGAUGAUUCUGUGCUUCCAACUUUGUAGCAACAGUUUAGGGAAGGCCCUUUCCUGUUUCAGCAUGACAAUGCUCUUGUGCACAAAGCAAGGUCCAUGCAGAAAUGGUUUGUCGAUUGGUGUGGAAGAACUUGACUGGCCUGCACAGAGCCCUGACCUCAACCCCAUCCAACACCUUUGGGAUGAAUUGGAACGCCGACUGUGAGCCAGGCCUAAUCGCCCAACAUCAGCGCCUGACCUCACUAAUGCUCUUGUGGCUGAAUGGAAGCAAGUCCCUGCAGCAAUGUUCCAACAUCUAGUGGAAAGCCUUCCCAGAAGAGUGGAGGCUGUUAUAGCAGCAAAGGGGGGACCAACUCCAUAUUAAUGCCCAUGAUUUUGGAAUGAGAUGUUCAACGAGCAGGUGUCCACAUACUUUUGGUAAUGUAGUGUACCUACAUUUAUAGUCCCUUCACUCUGUACAAUUUGCGAACAGUCAUCGAAACAAAAGCUAGACAGUCAGGGAGCAUCAAAAAUGCCAAAAGCGAUGGAUAGAGCAGGGGUAUUCAACCGGGGGUCUGCACUGCAGGGGGGGUCUGCAUUCUAAAAAAAAUAAAGUGAAAAACAUGUUUAUUUAAAAUGUUUUAUAAAUAUCGCUAGCAACAAUGGAAUAAACUAAUUGAAUUACAUACAGUACCUACAGUAGAAAAGAGAUGAAUCUUAUUUCUAAUGACUUUAUUUCUCAACAAAUUAUACUCACUGGAGUACUUGACUGUAUCACUGGAGUAAAGUCUACACCCACUGUAUUUGGCGCAUUUGACAAAUAACAUUUUAUUGUAUUGGACAUAGGCUACCUUUGCGACAAGUGCUGCUGGUUAGCUCUCUUGACUUAGACAUACAUUUUUGCCAACACAUGGCUAACCUUUGUUUAAAUAUCUAAAUAGCUGCUCUUAGCGAAAACGUGUUUGGAGGUACCUUUCUAGCUAAUAGGCUGUGUUAGUUUACACUUCCUCUUCCAAUUAUGUGGGGACGUCAAAACAAUGUAAAACUAUCUACCAAAUCUAUUCAGGCCAUUCGGCCAGCGCACUGGUGCUACACACACACACACACACACACACACACACACACACACACACACACACACACAGACAGCCAGCCAGUUAGCUAGCUUAGGUCACACACUUUCACUCACUUAGUUUUCUUUGGAACACACCUGUUAAGCACUGUUAGCUAGUCCACAGCUCCCCCCGGUGGAGUCCAUUGGAACUGCAUCUUCCUUUGUGUAAUGCUUCCCUCCUUUCUUACGUUAGACUCAAAGCUAUAUGGUUUGUCUUCUGGUUUUCUUCCCAGGGGUGAACUGUGAGAUCAAUGUUGAUGACUGCGCCAGUAACCCCUGUGAAUAUGGAGAGUGCCAGGACGGGAUCAACAAGUACAAGUGUGUCUGUGCUCCAGGAUACACAGGUAAACACACACACACACUCUUCUCCCUCUCAACUAUUCAGAUCUCCAUCUUAAUGACAGCCUGAUUUUUCCAGUGAAUGAAAUAACUAACUUUCUGAAUUCCUUCUCUCACAGGUGCAAAAUGUAACGUGGACAUCCAUGAGUGUAAUUCCAGCCCGUGUAUGAGUGGGGGUACGUGUGUGGACAAGGUAAACGGCUUCAUCUGCCAGUGCCCCCCUGGCACCCACGGCCCCCUGUGCCACUCUGGCACCGACCACUGUGCUCCCCAGCCCUGUGUACACGGAGACUGUGUAGAGCAGCAGAGCGGGUACGCCUCUCCUCACCCUUUCUCUCGCUAUCUAUCUAUCUAUCUCUCUCUUUCUUGAGUUGCGUACUUCAUGUAAAAUAAUAUUUUUUCCUACCCCUCCACUGGUCUGUAUGUAGGUACCACUGUGAGUGUGAGUCUGGCUGGGUGGGGCAACACUGUGACCAGGAGAAGGAUGAGUGCCAGUCCAGCCCCUGCCAGCACAGUGGCACCUGUGUGGACAGACUCAACGGAUACUCUUGCCAGUGUCGCCCCGGAUUCACAGGUCUGAAUCAGGGUUUUAUUUAUCCUUUAUUCAUAUCCCAUUAAACUGCAGUACCUAGAAGAUACACGUGUUUUUCUGUUCACCAUUUUAGUUAAAAACGUCCCUCUCCCCUCAGGUGUGAACUGCGAAGUCAACAUAGAUGAGUGUGCAUCAAACCCGUGUGAGAACCAUGGUACCUGUGUGGACGGAGUCAACAGCUACAGCUGCCAGUGUGAUCCUCCGUACUCCGGUAACAACACCAUCCACACUACUGUACUACCCAGGACCCUCUGGUGGAGCUGAGUUGAUUGUAUCGUGGGCAUUUUGGAUAUUACCAAUAUUUAUAUGUGCGUCCACAGGAAAACACUGUGAGGAGGAGUUGGUUCCCUGUGCGUCUCAUCCAUGUGAGAGGGGAGGUGUGUGUCAGCCAACCCCAGACUACACCUCUUACACCUGUAAAUGUCCCAGCGGCUGGCAAGGUGAGUAUUCAUAGAAAGAGAGAAAAGGUUUGUGUGUGUUGGGGGAGAUUUUCUACCAUUCAGUCAUUGCAUUGAUGUUAAUUAAAAUGGUAUGUUUGUGAAUAGGCUUCCGCUGCACUGAGGAUGUGGAUGAGUGCAGGAAGAACCCGUGUCAGAACAGGGCCCGUUGCAUCAACAGCCAGGGUAGCUACGUGUGCAAGUGUCAACCAGGCUACAGCGGCCUCAACUGCCAAACCAACAUUGAUGACUGCUCCCCCAGUGAGUUAUCACACACCUCUCUCUUACUCUAAAUCGUACUAAUAACACAUAUACUACUGCAUAUUGGGUACUCUCCAUGAGCACCUUGUACACUCUCAUCUCUGUAGUUAGUUACUACUCUGGGUCUUUUAAACUUCUUCUUGUCUGACUCUAACCCUUUGUUUUUGUGUGUCUCUCCCUCUGUCUCUCUCUCCAUCUCAGACCCAUGUCUGAACGGCGGUUCCUGUGUGGACGAAGUGGGAGGGUUCUCCUGUGACUGCCGGCCAGGGUUUGGUGGUGAGCACUGUGAGGCAGAAGUGGAUGAGUGUGCCAGUCAGCCGUGCCGGAAUGGAGCUGUGUGCCGGGACUACGUCAACAGCUUUGUCUGUGUGUGCCGACCAGGUUUCGACGGAAUCCUCUGUGAACACAACAUCCCAGAAUGCACUGAGAGGUGGGUUACAAAGGACUGUAACUGUAGUCACUAUGUUAAAGGGUUUAAAGUUGAGAUGCACUCAAUUAUUUUUCAAUGAGUUUCAUUUUUUAUAUGUGGAUUGGGACACAUUUAGAUGUAUAGAAAAUGUAUUGAAAAUUAAUUUCCUUUGCAACACACAAGGACUUCCUAUUUACCUACGUCUGUUCAACCAUCAUGCAUGACCACAUCUUUCUGUCUCUCUCCCUCAAUUUGUUUCUCCCUUCCUCUUCUUCCCUCUAGUUCCUGUCUGAAUAACGGGACCUGUGUUGAUGACAUCAACACCUUCUCGUGUCGUUGUCGUCCUGGUUUCUACGGGACCUUCUGUCAGUAUGAGCAGAAUGAGUGUGACUCUCAGCCCUGUAAGAACGGAGGAACCUGCACUGACGGCCUGGGCUCCUACCGCUGCACCUGCCCUGUAGGCUACAAUGGACAGAACUGCCAGGUAGAGUGCGUGUGUAAUAUGGCUCUUGUCUGGUUCUUCGUUUGAAAAUCAAUGCUAACAUUUUAUACUCACUUUUCUCUCCUUGCAGAACUUUGUGAACCUGUGUAGCCAGCCACUGUGCCAGAAUGGAGGGUCCUGUUCCCAGUCAGAGACCACCUGGUUGUGUCACUGUCCUGUGGGCUGGACUGGCAUGUACUGUGAUGUCCCCAACAUGUCCUGUCAGGACUAUGCUGCUCGGAACGGUGAGCAGGCACUGCCUCUAUAGUACAAUUUCUUUCAUUCAGCCACCUGUCUGUCACAAGUGAAAUAUGGAACUUAUAUGGGUAAAGAUAAUGACCAUUUGAUGAAGAUAUCUUACACAUAAUGCGUCUCUGGUUAACGUGUCUUUGUAUGUGUCUUUUUCUCGGUCAGGUAUCCAAGUGGAGUUAGUGUGUAAGCACUCGGGUCGCUGCGUGGACGUGGGUAAUGCCCACCAGUGUCAGUGCCUGCCUGGUUACACAGGCAGCUACUGUAACGAGAUGGUGGACGAGUGCCUUUCCAACCCCUGCCGCAACGGGGCCACCUGCAUGGACUACCAGGGCACAUAUGAGUGUAUGGUAAGUUGUGUAUGACUGUGUGUCUGUGUGUGGGAUCUAAGUAUUGCACUUACUGUACUGCACCCAGGGAAACAUCUAACAAUGUAUUUUUCUGUUCCAGUGCAAGGCUGGCUACCAGGGGGUGAACUGUGAAUAUGACGUGGAUGAGUGUCACUCUAAUCCUUGUCACCACGGAGGAACCUGCAUCAACCUCAUCAACCACUUCUCCUGCGCCUGCCCACCUGGCACACAUGGUAAGCAGAUACCGGAAGAUUCUCUCAUGCUUUAUCUAUCUCUUUCUGGCUAAUUGGUUUUUGCAUAAUGUACAACUAUAAUUCUGACCUCUGAACUGAUAGUCUUCCCUCCCCUCUCCUCUCUCUCCUCUCUCUCUCUCUCUCUCUCUCUCUCUCUGUAGGUGUUCAGUGUGAGGUGAAUGUGGACGACUGUGCUCCCAAGCAUGGCUCCUGGGGGCCUCGCUGUCUGAACGGGGGCCAGUGUGUGGACGGAGUGGGCCGCUACACCUGCUCCUGCCCCCCUGGCUUCGCUGGGGAGCACUGUGAGGGGGACGUCAACGAGUGUCUCUCUGGACCCUGCCACUCUCCUGGUAGCCUGGACUGUGUGCAGCUGGCCAAUGACUACCAGUGCCGCUGUCGCCUGGGCUACACAGGUAGAGUGCUACACCACUCUGUAUAUGUUAGAACACAUCAAGUUACCUAGCUUACCCCAUAUUCAUGCUGUAUAACAUGACAUCUCUCUCUGUCUGUCCUAGGACGCCACUGUGAGUCCAUGGUGGACCUGUGCCAGUCGAAGCCGUGCCAUAACAGUGGCACCUGCUCCAUGAACAUGAGCUCAGUACAUGGAUACACAUGCAUCUGUCAACCAGUAAGUCAUAUAACGUUACCUUUUCAAUGUUUGUUUUCCAACUGCCAGACUGCUGUGUUACUAAGUACUCCAUGUGCCAACUUGCUGAUAUUUCUCCCUUUGUUUUGAAUGGAUUUCCAGCUGCAUUGAAAUUGAAUUGUGCUGUAUAAAAUUGUAUUUACCUCUAAUGUAGAUCUGGAGUGAGUGGCUGAGUGUAUUAUUUCCCUACUGCGGGGUGCCCCAAACUCAGUCCUUGGGACCCCAAGAGGUGCACGUUUUGCCCUAGUACUACACAGCUGAUUCAAAUAAUCAACUAAACAUCCAGCUUUGAUCAUUUGAAUCAGCUGUGUAGUGCUAAGGAAAAAACCAAAACGUGCACCUUUUGGGGUCCCGAGGACCGAGUUUGGGAAACCCUGCCCUGCUGGCUUGUUUUCCAAACCACUAACCCUUCUCCUUCUGCUUAUUCUCACGCUUGCUUCAGAGGGUGAAACAACACAGGUCAGGUAUGACUGAGAACAGCAGUGUUCCAGGAAGAGACCAAACUUAAUAGAUUCUCACAGGUUUUAUUACUAGUCAACUGCAGGAAUGCAUGUUAACAAUGCACGUUAUAAAUGUAAAUCCGAGACCACAAGUAUUUGUCUAGCCGGUCUGUUCACAUGUCUGACGCCCACUCUGUCCCGUCCCCUUGCUUAGGGCUUCACUGGCUUCAACUGUGGAGAGGUGGAGGGCUACAACUGUGCCAAGCUGCGUUGCAAGAACGGCGGGCACUGCCAGGAGUCUCAGGGUGGUCGUCCACACUGCCGUUGCCAGCCAGGCUUCAGUGGGCCGCACUGCGAGACCGUCCAGGGCUGCCAGAACCAGCCCUGUCUGAACGGAGGCAACUGUAUGAAGGACCUAAACGACCCCUACCAGUACAGCUGUCACUGCCCAUCCCACUUCUCAGGCAGGCACUGUGAGAAUGUCAUCUUCGGUCCGUCCCCCCGCACCCCCGCCUCCUGCCCCUACGUAGAGUGUGAGCAGCAUUCCGGGGAUAAGGUGUGUGACCCGCAGUGCAACAGCCAUGAGUGCCAAUGGGACGGAGGGGACUGUUCUCUACAUUGGCACCGGCCAUGGGUCAACUGCACCGCCCCUGUGCCCUGCUGGGAGCUGUUCCGCAACGGCCGCUGUGACCCCGAGUGUGACAACUCUGGCUGCCUCUUCGACAGCUUUGAGUGUCAGGAGAGCGCACAGUCUUACUGCAAGUAGGUACAAGAGUUGGUAACAACAUAAACACAUCGAUACACAUAUACACAGAGUGUACAAAACAUUAAGUACAUGUUCCUAAUAUUGAGUUGCACCCCCCCUUUUGCCCUUAGAAAAGCCUCAAUUCAUUGGGGCAUGGACUACAAGGUGUCGAAAGCGUUCCACAGGGAUGCUGGCCCAUGUUGACUCCAAUGCGUCCCACAGUUGUGUCAAGUUGGCUGGAUGUCCUUUGGGUGGUGGACCAUUCUUGAUACACACAGGAAACUGUUAAGCGUGAAAAACCCAGCAGUGUUGCAGUUCUUGACACAAACUGGUGCGCCCUGGCACCUACCAUACCCAUUUCAAAGGCACUUCCAUUAUUUGUCUUGUCCAUUCACCCUCUGAAUGGCACACAUACGCAAUCCAUGUCUCAAGGCUUAAAAAUACUUUUUUAACCUGUUGAAGUGGAUUUUACAAGUGACACCAAUAAAGGAUCAUAGCUUUCACCUGGAUUCACAUAGUCAGUCUAUGUCAUGGAAAGAGCAGGUGCUCUUAAUGUUUUGUACACUCAGUGUGUAUGUCUUAUUAAUUACAUUAAAAUGUCAAUAGGAACACCAAGAGUCUUCUGAAUUCCCUAACCCUCCCUUGUCAUAUAUACAGAUAUGAUAACUACUGUGCGGACCACUAUGCCAACAAGAUCUGUGACAAGAGCUGUAACACGAAGGCAUGUGUCUGGGACGGCCUGGACUGCUCUGGGGACACCCCUGCUAAGGUCGCUGACGGCACGCUGGUGAUCGUAGUGUUACUGCAGCCUGAGGAGCUGCUGGGAGACGUGAGAGGCUUCCUGCGCUCCCUGGGAACCCUGCUGCAUACCAACCUCCGGGUCAAAAUGGACGCUCAGCAGAAACCUAUGGUGUAUCCGUACUACGGCCUGGAGCAAGACAACGCCAAUGAAGGACAGCCUUCUACGAUGAAGCGUAGAGGCAAACGGGAGCUAGACAAGGAGGUUAUCGGGUAAGGAGAUGUGUAUUUAUCCUGUCUGUCUGUCUCCUUUCGCUGUCUUUCUCUCUUUCUCUACUAGAUAAGAUGAAGUGUGUAUAGUCUUCCAUGUUGAGAAGUAAGACUAAUGGAAGUUGUAUUUGCUGCAGGUCUAAGGUGUACCUGGAGAUCGAUAACCGUAAGUGUGCUCAGAGCUCCGUGGACUGCUUCUCCAGCACAGAUCUGGCUGCAUCCUUCAUUGCUGCCGAGUACCUGAAGUCUGCGCUGCCCUACCCUGUGGUCUCUGUCAACAGUAUGUCCCUCUCCUUUCUUCCCAGUGUGAUUUCCCACACACCUUUUAAAACACCCUAAUGGUUAUGUUAUAUCAGCACACACUUAAUUAUAUUUGAUUACAGACCUGAUUAAACCCACUUAUCAUGUUCUUUGGUACCAAAUGGACUCUUGGUUCCAUGCUCUGAAUGCAGAGCCCAUUUCAGAUGGCUUCACCUACUUAAGAGUUCCAUGUGUCCUCCUCCUCCAGGUGACCCUACGGAACCCCAUAAGCCCCCGUUCCUGCUGUACCUGGCUGUGGGAGCAGCCGUCAUCAUCCUGCUCAUCCUGGUGCUGGGCGUGAUGGCCGCCAAGAGGAAACGCAAACACGGUGUCCUCUGGCUCCCCGAUGGCUUCCUGGCCAAGAAGGACGACAAGAGGAGAGAACCCGUGGGCCAGGACGACUUCGGCAUGAAGUGAGUGGAGAAAAGACAGAAGUUGCGUCUGAAAUGACACCCUAUUCCCUGUAUAGUGCACUUCAUUUGACCAGGGUCUGCAUACGGUCAAUAUUGUUAUUUUAUUUUUUUAUUCAAUUACUGCACUACACAGGGAAUAAAGACAAAUAUGUACCUCUAUACUGUACCAUGCUCUAGUAUGUUCAGAAUGGUACUGAACUGAGACAAAUGUUUGACCAGUGUGCCAUAAUGUAGGGCCUCAUUCUCCUGAUCCACACACUGACAUAUUUUUCCUCUCCUCCCUACAGGAACUUCAAGACCCAGGAUGGAGGGAUGAUGGACGGAGGCCAGAGCCAGAGGUGGAUGGAAGAGGAGGCUCCGCCAAAGAAACCAAGGGUGAGGGUGAGCAAGAAGAGGAACAAUUAUUGGCAGCCAUUUUGGGUCAGAACGCUCACCAGCUACUGGGUCGUUCCAGAAAAUGAGUACCUUUUGCAUCCCUUUGAUAUUUUAAGUAGAAAUUGUGCACAAAUAUUGAAUAAUAAAAGCCUUGUAUAUUAAAGGAAGUGCCUUUUAAUAUAGACUACAUGGACAAUUCAAUCAAUCUUAUUUGUAAUAUGAAUAAAGACUUGCUAAAGUGCCAGAAUUCAGCAUUUUGACAUGUCCCUUAAAGCAUCCUCUGUGACUUCUAGGAAGAUUUUAACCCACUUAACCCCAACAUUUCUCCAACAUUGUUAAGCCCUAGUUAUUUUGUUGUUUUAACAUAGUCAUUUCUACAGAUUAUUAUUUAUUUCAUGUGAUAAGUGAUUCAUUUUAAGGUCAACCUUUUUACGUGAACUGAACUCUUGUUUUAAUAUGGUGAAAUUAUUCCUUUUUAAAUAUUUGUUUCAAAAGAGAAAUUGAACAGUCAAUGUCAUAGUGUAAAAGCAGGUGAGCUGGUUGUACUCUUUUUGGCCAUUUUCUGGUGUUUUGUGGUGGAAAACUGAGCGAGUCGAGUAUAACACGUCAACCCUGUUACCCAUAGAUAGGUUUUAUUUAACCUCUUGAGACAGAAAGGUUAAAUUAGGUGAAAUCCACCAAGUUACACUACUCUAAAGGCACCUAAUUGGCGGAACAACCCUACUAUACAUAAUGGCAUUGAGUCAGUGUCUACAAAUCUCCCCUCCUUUGCCUCCCUCUCCCCCAGACUGAGGACAAGCCCCUGCUGCCCAUGGGUGUGGAUGGAGGAGUGGACAGACGGGAGUGGACCCUGCAGCACCACAAGGCUGCUGACAUCUCUCUCACUCCACCACAGACUGAUCUGGAGGCAGACUGCCUGGAUGUCAAUGUCAAAGGACCAGGUAGAGUUUAAGGUUGAAUAGGAUUGGUGUCAAUCAAGUGUAAGGAUACCUGACUGAGAAGUGAUUGCUGUGGAUGUAACUGUCAUUUUUUACUCUGACCAAAUGGCAAAAUUCUCUUCCAGAUGGCUUCACCCCUCUGAUGCUGGCCUCUCUACGAAACGGAGGGGCGUCUGAUUGCGGCCUGCAGGCGGAGGAGGAGGAGGAGAGCGGGGGAGACGAGCCGGGACCCAACGCCAUCUCAGACCUCAUCACCCAGGGUGCAACACUCAUGGCCCAGACGGACCGCACCGGGGAGACGGCACUCCACCUGGCCGCUCGCUACGCCCGGGCCGACGCCGCCAAGAGGCUGCUGGAUGCCGGGGCAGACGCCAACGCUCACGACAACAUGGGUCGCACCCCUCUCCAUGCUGCUGUGGCAGCUGAUGCCCAGGGAGUGUUCCAGGUGAGAGGCUAG